AUCUGCUGUAAAGCUGUGUGUCAGAACUGAAGCGUGGAUGUUCAGAGACGCACGAUUGAACGUUUUUAUUUGCUAUUAACAUAUAUUGGUAUUGGCAUAUACGAGCUUGAAAGAAUAAACAAAUUGAGAAUUUUCCCGGGGAUCGACGAACAAGGAUGUUUAAAAAAUUUGAUGAAAAAGAGAAUGUUUCCAACUGCAUUCAGCUGAAGACUUCCGUGAUCAAGGGCAUCAAAAACCAACUGCUGGACCAAUUCCCAGAUAUCGAAUCAUGGUUAAACCAUAUAAUGCCAAAAAAGGAUCCUGUCAAAAUAGUGCGAUGCCAUGAACACAUUGAAAUUCUGACAGUAAAUGGCGAGCUGCUGUUCUUCAGACAGAGGGAAGGUCCAUUCUACCCCACACUCAGAUUGCUGCAUAAAUACCCCUUCAUUCUUCCACAUCAGCAGGUAGAUAAAGGAGCCAUCAAAUUUGUCCUCAGUGGAGCCAAUAUCAUGUGUCCGGGACUGACAUCUCCUGGUGCCAAACUAUACCCAGCUGCCACAGAUACAGUGGUCGCCAUCAUGGCUGAGGGUAAGCAACAUGCACUCUGUGUUGGGGUUAUGAAAAUGUCAGCAGAAAACAUAGAGAAGGUCAACAAGGGCAUUGGGAUCGAAAAUGUCCACUACCUGAACGACGGACUGUGGCACAUGAAAACGUAUAAGUGACCGAAGGCAUGGAACUCCCGGACCGAGGCCUCAGAGCUGGCUGUCUACUGUUUACAUCAAUGGACUCAACCGUGUAACUAACUGGCGGAGGCUUUAAUUAUGAUGCACAAUAAAACCUUGCAUUUACGGCA